AUGGCAAAACCUGUUCAACCUAGCCUCUGUACAGUUGCUGAAAACUGCAUUUUGGCUGCUGGUGUCAUCAGGGUUAAGUCCUGCUCAUGCAGCAAGUCUGAUUUGCCAACAUGUCAUAGCUUCACCUCUCUAUGCCUCAUCGAAGUACCAUUUCUCUCUCACUUGCAGCAAGAAGGCCAAAUGCUUCCGGAACAGUUGAUUGUUUCCAGAUCAGGAGUGUUGAUUGGGAAGACAGAAAGCUGUUCCCCCACCAUCACCACAGUUGGUUUAGAAAUUGUUCAUUGGGGAGAUCUAGGAGCAUAUCUAGAACUUGAGGGAGAAAUCCCCACUCCAGCUUACCUGUCAUGA